CGGCCAUUUCUCUUGCAACUCCGGAGGUCUGGGCCUUGGGGGAAGCUGCUCCGGGCACGCGGGACGGGCUGUAUCUGCUUCGGCGGCGUCUAAUCCGCAACGUUAGCCCGAAGUCGUGAUGAGUUUACCCCUCAAUCCCAAACCUUUCCUCAAUGGAUUAACAGGGAAGCCCGUGAUGGUGAAACUCAAGUGGGGAAUGGAGUACAAGGGCUACCUGGUGUCUGUAGACGGCUAUAUGAACAUGCAGCUUGCAAAUACAGAAGAAUACAUAGAUGGGGCAUUGUCUGGACAUCUGGGUGAAGUGUUAAUAAGGUGUAAUAAUGUCCUUUAUAUCAGGGGUGUUGAAGAAGAGGAAGAAGAUGGUGAAAUGAGAGAGUAGCAUCUUUGGUGGGGUUUUCUUUUUUUAUAUAUAUAUUUCUAGACAAUAAAGAUGUGUUUGUUUUUUCAACUUGA